AUGGCUUCAUCGGUCUCUCGCUCUUUCCUGCGCUCAUUAAGACCGGCCGCACGGUCACGACCUAAUGCCUCGUUGAGGUUCAGCGCUUCUCCAUUCGCGAACGUAUGUCGCGGGUAUGCAGCACCUGCUGGAGAGCAACCUCGUCUGCGUCUCGGAACCACGGCCCCAAACUUCCAGGCUAAAACUACACAUGGCGACAUCGACUUUCACAAAUUCAUUGACAAGUCGUGGGCAAUCCUCUUCAGUCAUCCCGCCGAUUUCACCCCAGUCUGCACCACGGAACUCGGCGCUUUUGCGAAGUUGAGGGGUGAAUUCGACAAGAGGGGGGUCAAGAUGAUAGGGCUGAGCGCCAAUGAUCUCAAGAGUCACGGCGAGUGGAUUAAAGACAUCAACGACAUCUCGCAGACAAACUUGCAGUUCCCAAUCAUCGCGGAUGCUGAUCGGAAGGUGGCCUACCUGUACGAUAUGGUUGACGCGCAGGACUUGACCAACGUCGAUGAGAAAGGCACUGCUUUCACCAUCCGGAGUGUUUUCAUCAUUGACCCGGCCAAGAAGAUUCGAUUGGUCAUGCUUUAUCCGGCGUCUGUCGGCCGAAACACCAGUGAGGUUCUUCGAGUCAUAGACAGUUUGCAGACGGGCGACAAGAAAGGGGUCACGACGCCUGUUGAUUGGCAAGUUGGAGACGAUGUAAUUGUUCCUCCCACCCUUUCGACGGCGGAUGCACAGAAGAAGUUCACCGAUGUCCGAGAGGUGCGCCCAUACCUCCGUUUCACGAGCGGGAAUACGAAAUAG